CUGACGGGACCAGCAGGAAAAGUCAGGAACCAUCUUCGCUAACCGUGCAGGUAGCAAACAAUGUUUGUCAGCUCGGCGUUGAAGAAAGCGCGUCGUGCAUUGAGUUGUUUCACGUCAAGCCUCGAAUGUCCCGGGCGUCUAGUUUGUUGAGUUAAAGCGCUUCGUGACGGCUGCCGGGGAGGAGCGUUAGCACGGGAUGCUAACAGCUAGCGGCUAACGCUGCUAGCUAGCAACAAGUAGGAGCUAGCUCCAACUUGUUGCUGCUGAAGUUUGACACUUCGGUCUCGCUCUCUGGCUUUUAAUUGUUAGUGGUUGCUUUUGCUCUGCGCACAUUAGGUACAUGCAGGUAAAGGAUUUGCAGCCACUUUGCGCCGACCCCCGCGUUUUAAUCCGCCAGCUGCCCGCUUCUAACUCCUUAUUGACGCGCCGCUGCUAGCCGAGCCGCGGCUGACUUCUCGCUGCUAUCACUGACUCAGCUGCUGCCUCUGCAGGUUUUUUGGGGGUUUGGCGAUGGGGGACAUGAAGACCCCUGAUUUUGACGACUUGCUAGCGGCUUUCGACAUCCCCGACAUCGACGCACAAGAGGCCAUCCAGUCUAACCCCGGCGAGCAGCGGGAUGCAGGGGCCACCAACGCAGCUGCGGGCAGCAAGAGCGGGACUUCCUCCUGCUUCCCCAGCUCCGAGCCGCCUGUGGUCAGCGUCAUCGUGAAGAACACGGUCCGCUCCGAGUCCCUGGAGGAGGUGGAGGAAAGGUCUGCCAGGGAUAAAGCUGAUAGUCCUCCAAGCAGUGCCUUAGCCUCGCAGGUUCCUGUCAAGCUAGAGGAUUUCACUUCAGAGCUGGAGCCCAAGAUGCCUGCCAGCGCUGCCAUGGAGCCUCAGAUUACCAAUGGCUUCCAGGAAGCCAUCGGUCAAGCCCGCGAGCAGGUAGAGGCCAGCAAUCAACCGUGGUCUGAGCCUCCUGCCUUCAGCUCCACGCUCAGCGACGACGAGAGCGACGAAGGAGUGAGACCCACAGCCGAUGUCAUCAACAGCCUGUCGCCCCUUCUGUACCCAGAGUCUUCAGCGGCAGCCGGCACCCACCCGCCUCGUUCCCCACCAACUCUCAUCCCUCGCUCGCCCCCGGCGAAUAAACCCUCUGAUCCUUCGUCGCCUCCUUUGCGACAAAACGGAGGCGUGACGGAUGAAAGCAAAUGUGCGGCGGCGGACUCGGGGGGAGAUGAGUCCGACCCGGACUUUGGGAGCCCGCUGGUGAUCCAGGAGAGCCCGGAGUCUCCGGUGUUCUCCCCUCCCAAACGCAAGCGGCGAGAGAAAUUACACUCCGACUUUCCUCAGAUGUACGAAAGCGCGUCUUCUCCUUUUCCUCAGCCUCCGAGUCUCUCCGCAAAGCCCAAGUCCCCCAAGGAGGAAGCUGCAGAGCCUUUCAUCAGAGGCGGCUCUCCCCCCACAGCUCCACAGCCUCACAUCCUCUCUGCCACAAACCUGGCGGCGCUCAAAGAGGAGAAGUACCAAGAGCAUGUGAUCGACGAGAGAGACUCGCCCGAGAGUCCGCCGCCCAGUGAGACGGGCCUUCUGUACAACAGGAGGAGCAGCUCUGAUUUGGGUUCGGCUCCAGGUCCGACUCAGGAGAGACUCCCACAAAACGAGCGGCCGGCUGAAGCCGAGCGCAGAGAGGCGGACAAAUCUGAGGAAGAUCUGGGCGAAAGGAUGACGGCGGACGGAGGAAAGUCAAAGGAGAAUUGCCACGCCGGCAGCGAGCCUGCAGAGACGCCGUCUCCGCCGAGACCGCUCAAGGUUAAGAUCAAGAUGCCAACCGGCAGCAUCACCAGGACCGUCACUAACCUGGCUCCUAAGAAAGCCACAAAAGCCUCCGCAAGAGACGCGGAGAGCUCCAAGCCGUCCCCAGAAAGCCAAGCGGCAAGAUCCAAAAAGAAGCUGCCGCCGGAGCCGCCCGCAGCAGCAACACGGGAAGGCGGCGCCGCCGGUGCAGCGAAGGAGAAGAAGCAGAAGGUGUCGCCGACGGCGGUGAGCAUCACCAAAGCCGCCACGCUGCCGUCCGUCUCGUCCUCCGCCUCCAGGGCCAACCCGGGAGCCAUCAACCUCCGCAGCCUCGGCAAGAAAACGCUCAACAGCGGCGUCGCCCUGCCGGGCCCCCUGGCCCCUCAGACCAGCAGCAGGCCGGCGUCCAUCGUCAACAGCACCGGGGCCAUCAUCUCCAAGAGCCAGACCAACCUGGUGGAGGCCUUCAACAAAAUCCUCAACAACAAGAACCUCCUCCCCAGCUACAAGCCCGACCUGAGCUCGCCCGUCCCGGCGGAGUGGGGCAUCUCCCUUCCUGCACAGGGUUACCGCUGUCUGGAGUGCGGCGACGCCUUCGCCCUGGAGCAGAGCUUGGCGCAGCACUACGACAGGCGCUCGCUCAGGAUCGAGGUGACGUGCAACCACUGCUCCAAGCGGCUGGCCUUCUUCAACAAGUGCAGCUUGCUGCUGCACGCCCGAGAGCACAAGGAGAAGGGCCUGAUCAUGCAGUGCUCGCACCUGGUCAUGAAGCCCGUGCCUGUGGAGCAGAUGAUCAGCCAGCCUGAACCGCCGCCGGCGGUGGCGGCGGCAGGAGGGGGCCAGGUCACUACGAAGCCGUCUCAACAUGCUGCACCUUCCAAGAAAGAAACGGAGAUGCUGCAGUACAGCAACAAUAAAUGCUCCGAGUGUCAGACUCAGUUUGGCAGCAAAGAGGAGGUUUCUGACCAUUUUCAGGAGAUCAAGUCAGCUAAAAGCACUUCCUGCACAGAGUGCUCUCCUCCCAUGCUCCUGCCCAACGGCUGCAGCGCCGCAGCCCACCAGCGGCUCCACCAAGGCUCCCCGCCGCACAUCUGCCCGGAGUGCGGGGGCGCCGCCAAGCAGCAGCUGCUCCAGAAACACCUGCAGGACACCUGCUUGCACUUUUCCCGCCGCAUCGGCUACAGGUGUUCCAGUUGUCUGGUGGUGUUCGGCGGGCUGAACUCGGUCAAGUCCCACAUCCAGCAGGCUCAUUGCGACAUGUUCCACAAGUGCCCCUGCUGCCCCAUGGCCUUCAAAUCUGCCCCCAGCACCCAGAACCACAUCUCAACGCAACAUUCAGACCUCGCCGACGCGAAGGCCAUGCUGAUUUAUAAAUGCGUCAUGUGCGACACGGUUUACACUCACAAGCCGCUGCUGUACGCCCACUUUGACACCCACUUGACCAACCAGAAGGUGCACGUGUUCAAAUGCCCCGAGUGCACCAAGCUGUUUUCCCAGAGGAGCUCCCUGCUGGAUCAUUUCAAGACCCACAAGGCUCCCGCGUUAAAAGAAGAGCUGCCUUCCCCCCCGGCCGCUGGCGCACAUUUACCCGGGAAAACGGAGAGCUCAGAGGAACGGAUGGAAAAGGAGAAAGUCAAGACGGAGAGGAUGAAGGCGCCCACGGCGUGGAAAUGUCGCUCAUGCAACACUCACUUUACAGAGCGGGAGGAAUACAUCGCUCACAUGGGCGAGCAGCACGACAAGUUCUUGAAGAAGUUUCCCUGCAACAAAUGCGAGAGCUCCUUCACCACCACGUCCAGCAUGAGGCGCCACAUCAGAGACAAGCACAAAGUCCUGACCCGCGGCUUCCGCUGCCAAUAUUGUUCUGAGAGCAAGAAAGCCUUCAGCAGCAGGUCCAUGCUGGACAGGCACAUCCAGAUGAGACACAGCAUGAGCAGCCCGGGUCAGGACUCGCUCCUGGGAGCCGAUGAAGCGGACAGCUCCUCAGAACCGGAGAGCAGUUCGGUGUCCCGCCGGAGACGUCGGGCGGCCGCCAAGUCGGACCAGGACGCGGAGGCAGCGGACAGAACGAGUCCAGUAAAGAGGCUCCGCUCGUCCUCCUCGGCCCCUUACAUCCAGCCGGAGUCCGGCUUCAGCUGCGCCCCCUGCGGCUUCACCACCGAGGACAAGCCCACCUUCCUGGAGCACAUCGGCCAGCACCGGCGGGGCGGCUCGGAGGGCGGCGGUCUGCAGUGUCUGCAGUGCGGCGCCUGCUUCACGUCCACGUCCUCGCUGUCCCGCCACCGCUUCAUCAUCCACAAAGUCAAAGACGCGUUCAGCGACGGCCAGCAGGCCCCCGGCGUGCCUCCGUCGCCCUCUGCUGGAAACGCCAAGAACCACGACGACAGGAGCUCUGUGAACGGCUCUGAACCGGCUUCACCCCCCGGUCAAGCUGCUUUAGCCGGUCUGGGGAAGGACGAGGACGGACCGCUGGCCUGCAAGGUGUGUGGGAAACACUUUGAGAAAGCCACAGAUCUCAACACGCACUUCAGAACUCACGGGAUGGCUUUUAUCAUCGCAAGGAACGCAGGGAAGUCCACCUAGGAGGGGUAGAUGGGUCCAUAUCUGUAAGUGCCUUUUUAAUUUGUGCGCAGGCCCUGCAUCUAUGCACUAAAUCAACCAAAGAUUGUUCGUUUUGAAGUUUGUGAAACAGUUUAAACGUUCCUGUUUGAGAAAAGCCUUAGCCCUCUGAUUCUCAGGAUCUGCUGCUCGCUGUCUGGGUUUGGUCAGGACACGGCGCUGAUUGAAGCUCCUCUUCACUGCGGUGACCACAUUCACGUUAAAUAUGUGCCUGUAGAAAACUGUGACGACCGUUUUAACUCAAGCCUGCUGUGUUCAGUUUCACUUAAUGUUUGAAAAUACUGAUAAAAUGUGUUUUUUUUUUUUUUUUUUUUGUCAUUUCUAGGCUUCAGGGGAGAUUCCCUCUAAACACCUUGUUCCACGUUUCUUUUCUUUUUCUUCCUCUACCCGACAUGUUUACGUUUCACUUUGUAUUGACACAGGGUUUCCAGAGAUUUUCCAUUGGGAUAUUGCGAGUUUUCAUCUUCCAGAGUGACUCAAACUUCUAGAUUUUUUUCCAACAA